AUGUCAGGCAAGAAGCUGUUGAGAGGGCAGCCUCGUGGCGUUGAAGAUAGUAAUGUCGCUCGGCGUGCGAAUGCCCUUCAGCACUUGCGUCGGGAGAGGGGACUGUCCAUAUAUGUCAUCUUCGCAUCCGGCGGCACCUGCAUCGUCCAACCCGAGGUGACUCAGGGUCCUUACUACAUCGCCGGAGAGCUCAACCGUCGCAAUGUGGCCGAGGACCAGGCCGGCGUGCCCUUGUUCAUGGAUAUUCAGCUUAUUGAUACCAAUACCUGCGAGCCUCUGCCUAACAUCUACACGGACAUUUGGCAUUGCAACGCAACCAUACGGACCUCCCCAAGUUCACUGUUCAUCUCAGGUGUCUGCUCCGGUGUAGUUGAGAGUGGUAACGGAAACGCCAACGACCCAGGCAACAUCAACACGACCUUCCUACGCGGCGUCCAGUCCAGCGGAGACGACGGAGUCGUGCGUUUCGAAUCAAUCUUUCCCGGGCAUUACGCUGGCCGAGCGGUUCACAUUCAUGUCGUGACCCACCCCGCCAACGAAACGAAAAUCCUCCCCAUCGGCACCAUAGCCGGCAUGUACGACAGCCACUCCUCGCAUGUGGGCCAGAUUUUCUUCGACCAGGACAUAAUUACCGAGGUCGAGAAGAGGAGCCCCUACUCGACCAAUACCCAGAGUCUGACUGAGAACGCCGACGACGACAUUCUGCAAACGGAGGCAGACACGACUGACCCGCUCAUGGAGUAUGUUCUUCUAGGUGAGAGUGUCUCGGACGGUAUCUUCGCUUGGAUCUCGAUCGGAGUGAAUGCCAAGCGCGAUGACUCGCUGUCUCCUAAGGGGUACUGGACUGAGGAUGGAGGCGAGGUCAAUAAUGAUUUUGAGAUGAGCAUGGCUGGUAUGGGAGACAUUGCUGCGGCACUUUCAAGCACGAGUGCAUCUGCUGCUGCUACGGGUUCUGCUUAG